AUUUAAAUAAGUUCAGGUUUGUGCAAACAUUUUCUGAACUAGCAAAGUGCUUGUAUUAACAAUAUGGUUGAACCAGUGCCAGAAAAGUUAGAUUUCCCAAAAGAGGAAGAAAAAAUUCUUGCAAUUUGGAAAGAAAUAGAUGCUUUUAAAACAUCAUUGAAACAAUCAAAAGGAAAACCAAGGUAUGCAUUCUAUGAUGGACCUCCAUUUGCAACUGGACUUCCCCACUAUGGUCAUAUUUUGGCAGGAACCAUUAAGGAUAUUGUAACACGAUUUGCUCAUCAGAGUGGAUUUCAUGUGGAUCGUAAAUUUGGAUGGGAUUGUCAUGGACUGCCUGUGGAAUAUGAAAUUGACAAAUCACUUGGCAUCAAAGGACCAGAAGAUGUUGCAAAGAUUGGAAUUGCUGAAUAUAAUCGACAAUGUAGAUCUAUUGUGAUGCGAUAUGCUUCACAAUGGGAGCUCAUAGUAAAUCGUCUGGGUCGAUGGAUUGAUUUUGAAAACGAUUACAAAACAUUAUAUCCUUGGUUUAUGGAGUCAGUAUGGUGGGUCUUCAAACAACUGUUUGACAAAGGCUUUGUGUACAGAGGGUUUAAAGUCAUGCCGUUUUCAACCGGCUGUCACACUCCUCUAUCAAACUUUGAAGCAAAUCAGAAUUACAAAGAUGUUAAUGACCCUGCAGUGAUCAUUAGCUUUCCAUUGGUAAAAGAUCCAAAUGUAAAGUUGAUUGCAUGGACAACCACACCAUGGACGUUACCAAGUAACCUUGCUUUGUGUGUCAAUCCUAAAAUGACAUAUGUCAAGGUUGAAGAUCAAGCUACAGGCAGUGUUUAUAUUCUCAUGGAAGCGAGAUUGGUUGCAUUGUAUAAAAAUGAAUCUGAAUACAAAGUAAUUGAGAAAAUGGUUGGAUCUGCUUUAUUUGGCUUAAAGUAUAUUCCUGUGUUCAAUUACUUUGAAAGUCUGAAGGAAACUGCUUUUAAAGUGUUAACAGACACUUAUGUAACGGACGAUAGUGGUACGGGUGUUGUUCACCAAGCUCCCUACUUUGGCGCGGACGACUACCGUGUUUGCUUGGCAAACAACGUGUUUAAGAAAGAUGGAAUUCCCAUUUGUCCCGUGGAUGCAAGUGGAAAGUUUACAAGUGAUGUCACAGAUUUCCAGGGAAUGUAUGUUAAGGAUGCUGACAAGCAUAUAUGCAAACACCUGAAGCAGAACAAUCGUUUAGUGCAUCAGAGCACCACUAAGCAUAACUAUCCAUUCUGCUGGAGAUCUGACACACCACUCAUUUAUAAAGCUGUUCCAAGCUGGUUCAUCAGGGUGGAAAACAUUACGGAUAAAUUAUUGGAAAAUAAUGCUCAGUGUUAUUGGGUACCUGAUUUUAUAAAAGAAAAGCGCUUUGCAAAUUGGUUGCGAGACGCCCAUGACUGGGCAGUAUCAAGGAACCGAUACUGGGGAACCCCCAUCCCGAUAUGGGUGAGUGAAGACUUGGAGGAAAUUGUUUGUAUCGGGUCGAUCGAUGAACUUGCUCAACUCAGUGGGGUUCGUGUAACUGACUUGCACAGAGAAAGUGUUGAUGAUAUCACCAUACCAUCACGCAUGGGUAAAGGGGUUUUACGUCGUAUUCCAGAAGUAUUUGAUUGUUGGUUUGAAAGUGGAGCAAUGCCGUACGCCCAACUUCAUUAUCCUUUUGAGAACAAGAAAGAAUUUGAGGAGGGAUUUCCAGCAGACUUCAUCGCUGAAGGGAUUGACCAGACCAGGGGUUGGUUUUACACGUUGCUGGUUCUUUCAACUGGUUUAUUUGGAAAACCUCCGUUCAAAAAUCUAAUUGUGAAUGGGCUUGUACUGGCAAGUGAUGGGCAAAAGAUGAGCAAACGUAAGAAAAACUACCCAGACCCGAUGGAAAUUAUAUCUCAGUAUGGUGCAGAUGCUCUUCGCUUAUAUCUUAUCAAUUCUCCAGUAGUUCGAGCUGAAAACCUUAGGUUUCAGUCUAAUGGUGUUCGUGAUAUUUUGAAAGAUGUCUUCUUGCCCUGGUAUAAUGCAUAUAGGUUCCUUAUUCAAAACAUUAUCAGAUUAGAAAAAGAAGAGAGUGCCACUUUUUCUUACAAAGAUGAAGAUCUUGGAUCAUCCAGCAACAUCAUGGAUCAGUGGAUCCUCUCAUCCAUGCAAAGUCUUCUUCAGUUUGUCAAGCAGGAGAUGCAUGGUUACAAGUUGUACACUGUUGUUCCAAAACUUGUACGUUUUGUUGAGUUACUUACCAACUGGUAUGUGCGAUCAAAUAGAAAAAGAUUGAAGGGUGAUGGGGGUUUGGAAGAUUGCCAGAAAGCUUUACAGACUUUGUUCAGUGUCAUAUUUACCAUCACCCGAACUAUGGCACCGUUCACACCUUUCCUUACUGAACAAAUGUAUCAGAACCUACGUCGGAUUAUUCCACAUUUACAAUCGGAUGAUUGUAGGAGUAUCCAUUACUUGAUGCUGCCUCAACCAAAGGAAAGUUUAAUCAAUGUAAAGAUAGAGAAAGCAGUCUCGCGAAUGCAAACGGUGAUUGAGCUUGCAAGAGUUAUUCGGGAUCGAAAAACCAUGCCAACUAAGUACCCCCUUCCUGAGCUAGUGGUGAUCCAUAAAGAUCCUGAAUACCUUGCUGAUGUUGUAAGUUUGCAAAGUUACGUAACGGAUGAAUUAAAUGUCCGUAAUGUGACAACAUCUUCAGAUAAAGUGAAAUAUGGAGUCAAACUCCGUGCAGAGCCGGAUCAUGUUGCUUUGGGGAAAAGGUUAAAGGGUGACUUUAAGAAAAUGAUGGCAGCUAUACAGAAACUUACUGAUGUACAGGUUGAAGACUUUAUAUCUUCUGGUUCAAUUCAACUUAUGGGACAUGUUCUUAAAACAGGAGAUAUUCGAGUCAUAUAUCAGUUUGGAAAAGAGAAUUCACAGUACGAAGCACACACAGACAAUGAUGUGUUGGUAUUGUUGGACGUUACACCUGAUCAGUCUAUGUUAGAUGAAGGUGUAGCAAGAGAAGUGGUUAACAGGAUCCAAAAACUUCGUAAAAAGGUAGGAGUUGCUGAUGAAGUCACCGUAUAUUAUGAUGUCAGAGGUUCAGAUAAUUACCUUCGUGACAUCACAGAGAAGCAUGGAAGUAAUAUAUCAAGCAACAUCAAGUCACCAUUUAAACAACACCCAAUCCCUCCUUCUGACAUCAUAAUCAAUGAGACCAUGCAGUUAAAAGGAAGUGAAUUGGAACUCACAUUGGUUCGAGGUCAUGAGGAAUCCACUAAUGGGCCGAUGUGUAAAUAUUUAAAUGUUCAAAUUAGGUCAAAUGGACUUCUUACAGGUGAGUUUUGUUGUUUGUGUUGUAGAAGGGAUUUUGUUCUGUGUGGGCCAGGUACUGACAUGUUAGGAACCUGAGAUUUGAACUAGAGU